AUCACCAGAAGUGAUAUGAAUUGCCAAAGAGUAAAAUAUAUUCUUCGUGGAUUAAUGGAUAACAAAAAAAUCGAAACCUUAGAUUUCAGUCAUUGCAAGAUUGGUGAUGAUGGUGCAUCAUCCAUUGCAAAAUUCAUUUCAAAAAAAGACAAAUUACGAAAUCUUAUAUUAGCUGAUAACAUAUUCGGUCCAGUCGGAAUUGAAAAUAUAUCACACGUUCUUAAUCAUACAAGUUGUGGUAUACGAACGUUAGAUUUAAGAUUGAACAAUAGACUCGGUUCAGAAGGAAUUGCCCAUGUGGCAGUUGCGUUAGCAAGAGGAUGCAACCUGACAACCUUAAAUAUUUCAGGCUGUGGGAUAAAAUCAACACCAUUACAAAAACCUCCAGCAGGUGUAUGGUCAGCUAUGAAUGCUGAAAAUCCACCAACAUGUGGAGAUCUUUUGGCAAGAGCGAUAGGUUUAGUAAAAACUCCCUUAAGAAGCCUAGACAUUAGUGUUAAUGAUAUUGGAUCGCCCAGUGAUAGUAUUUUAUCGAAUGCAAUUUGUCUAAGUUAUUUAAUAGACAUAAACUUAAAAAGAUCCGGUAUGGGUUCAAUGGCUAUGGCAAUUGCCGAGUCAGCUGCGGCUGCUCAAAGAUUGAGAAGGGAAUCUGAAAAGGGUAUAAGAUUUAGAAGAAGUGCAGGUAGAUUAGUGCAGGCAAGGCGAGUUGUUAAGGGCAUGAAUAUUGAAGCAGAUCCGCUAUUGUUAGCCCAACAAUUGUCAGCAAGACCUUCAAUCGUAUCUGUUGCAUCUGAGGAAGGAAUUUUUAGUAUUCAAACACAGCCUCUACCUAUUGAGUUCGGUUUUGUUCCUUCUUUUAAGAGUUCAGUACCAUCUUCACAUAAUUCAUCUAUUACCGGUCCACCAACAUCCAGGAGAUCAAGUCAUCAUGUCAUUUUAGAACCAGUCCAGGAAAUCUUACGAGCUACACUAGUACGUCGCAGAUCUGAUGGCUCUCUUCUUCAACCACGCGGUGAUAAUUCAGAACGACACAUUAAAAUAUAUGUUUCAAAUGAUACUUCCGACAGUUAA